AUGUCCACCAAACGCUCACGCAGCAGCUCCGGCUCGUCCCCCGCCGCCGCCGCCCCCGAUGAUCUGUUGUCGUCCGAGGAUGGGUCCUGGCCGGCAUCCCCAGCAUCCUCGACUGCGCUCUCUCUCGGACGCUCUAAGGUGCACUUGUCUGAUACUGCCGCUCCGGUAGCUGAAGUUAUGUAUUGUUCCCUUCCACCGCACCGUGAGACCCUCGCCUUCGCCUCCUAUGAGGACUAUGAGGUCCAUUACCGCCAGUCACAUGUCAACCGCUGCUCCCAAUGUGGGAAGAACUUCCCCACGGAUCGAUUCCUUAGCCUUCAUAUCGAAGAGAACCAUGACGCCAUUGUCGCCACGCGACGCGAACGAGGCGAGAAGACCUACGGAUGCUUCAUCGAGGACUGCGAGCGGAAAUGCUCGACGGCCCAGAAACGCAGAAUGCAUCUCAUCGACAAACACAUGUUUCCUAAGACAUACAAUUUUUAUAUAGUCAACGAUGGCCUCGAUCAACAGACCUCGUUGUUACGGCCUACCAAGACACACCGCCGUCGUUUAUCCGCUACUCCCGCCCCACCCUUGGAAGGACGGCUGAGGAACAGACAGACCUCUGGGUCUAUUCCAAGCGCUAAUCCAGGUACUCAACAGACAUGCCGGACUCCGGAGGUCUCGGACGAGAUGGAAAUUGCUGAGCUGGAAAAGUCCAUGUCUGCGCUACGUUUCGUGCCAUCCAGUGUCACGAGGAACCAAGGCAGGAUCGGAAGGAGACCUUAA